AUGCCGAGGGACUGGAAAAGGGCAGCUGCGUCCAUACGGGCCAACGUGGGAGGCGAAACGCUGACUGGUUACCUCAGCUGGGGGUUAGAUAUGGGCGGAGUAUACCCGUGCUAUGCUCUCCCGAAGCUGGAGGGGAUCAUCCCCAACGCCAUCGACCUCGUCACCUCCAUCGCCAACAAGAACCAGUGGCCGGUCGCGGCAACGGAGGACUCGUCGGUCUUCACCGCCCCGGGGGCGCUCGACAACUACACGACGCUGGCGUUCCUCCACACCACUGGCGAUUUCCUCUCCGGGCCCGAGUUUGACGGGCUGUACGAGUUCCUCGUCAACGGUGGUUCUUGGCUUGGUAUUCACGCAGCUGCCGACUUUGGGAACAACACGCCGCCCUGGUAUACCACCCUGGUCGGGUCCCAGUUCAAGUUCCACCCAUGCUCCCCGGACUGGACAUGCAGCGACGCGCAGAGAGAGCGCUACCCCCCAGGCGGCAACAUCCGCCCCGACACAAUAACAAUCCAAGAUCCAAACCACCCGUCCACAGCAGGCCUCCCCACGCGCCACAGCCGCACGGACGAGUGGUACUCGUACAGGGACAACGUGGGAUCAGACAGCAGCAACUACACCGUCCUCGCCACGCUGGACGAGACCUACAUCGACGACAUCACCCCGGCGUACCUGCGCAUGAGGCCCACGCACCCGAUCUCGUGGUGCCACCAUGCCUUUGAGGGAAGGGCGAGGGCGUGGUACACGGGCCAGGGGCACACGGUCGAGACGUAUGGCGAGGAGUAUUUCAUCCGGCAUGUUGCUGGGGGGUUGGAGUGGGUUGUUGGCGCGGGGGCGUGA